AUGGCAGGAGAGGCUCGCCAGCACGCCCGGUCUCUCUACCGGGCUCUUCUCCGCGAACUACCCCCUCGCCUCACACCCACCACUCCACCCUCGCCUCUCCGUGAUAGCAUCCGAUCGCAUUUCCUCAAGCCCACGGCCACCACUACAGACGCCACAGAAAAUGCCACAGGCCACUCACAUCAUCUCGCCCGCCGGCAAGAAGCAGAGCAGUUCAUUGCCUACCUCAAAGCUCAACGAGUGUACGGCGAAUUGCUUGAACGAUACAACCCGGGAAUGAACAUGGACGAGGAGGAACGGGUCAGGUUGAGUGCGCGGAGAGUCGGGAUGGAGAUGCCUGUUGACUUCAAAAACCUGAAGUGA